GUUUAUUUCAUUUUCAGUCAGUCUUCUUUGUAAACCAUUUCUCUCUCAUCUUUUCACUCUACCUUCUAGGGCAGCACCCAACGCAGCCGCCGGGGGUGAGUUAGAUCAGCGAUGGCACCUAAAGCUGACAACACCAAAAAGGCUGAUCCUAAAGCUCAAGCCCUGAAGACUGCCAAGGCAGUUAAAUCUGGGCCAACUUUCAAGAAGAAAGCGAAGAAGAUUAGAACAUCAGUCACAUUCCAUCGGCCGAAGACAUUGAAGAAGGACAGGAAUCCCAAGUAUCCUCGGAUCAGUGCGACACCGAGGAACAAGUUGGACCAAUACCAAAUUCUUAAAUAUCCACUGACCACUGAGUCUGCGAUGAAGAAGAUUGAGGAUAAUAACACCCUUGUCUUUAUUGUCGAUAUUCGUGCUGACAAGAAAAAGAUUAAAGAUGCUGUGAAGAAGAUGUAUGACAUUCAGACGAAGAAAGUUAACACUUUAAUCAGGCCUGAUGGAACGAAAAAGGCAUAUGUUAGGUUAACCCCGGACUAUGAUGCUUUAGACGUGGCAAACAAGAUUGGAAUUAUCUAAACUUCCUAGGCAAGUGUUUUUAAUUCAGUCGUGACAGUUUUGUUCUGAUAUUUGAGUACAUCUUGUCCGUGCCUCUAAUUUUUCUACCUGUUUUUUCUUAUAUAUAUAUAUAUAUAUAUAAAUAUGGGUAAUUUUUAGUUAGCUUCAAUAGACUGAGUUCAAAGUACCUGGAAUAUGUGUUUGAAAUGUAUUAGUUAUCGCUUCAAA